UACAUCUUUCAAUUUCAUUGUUCGUCAGAAAGCCGGCCGGUGACUUCGAACUGCCUGCUAGCUCAUUCACGCGAGUGUUGUCUGAAUCAAAUUUAGAAAAAUGUCUGAACAAGAAACCGUUACCGCUCCAGCAGCUGAAGAACAGAAAACCACCGAAAACCCUCCUGAAGAAGCUAAGGAUGUAAAGGAAAAUGGUACAGGGGACGCCGAACCUGUUGCCGAGACGGAGAAAGAAGCUCCGAAGGAAAUGAGGGCUGUUAUUCUCACCGGAUUCGGAGGUUUAAAGACCGUCAAGAUUCUGAAAAAGCCCGAACCCACCCUCAACGAAGGAGAGGUCUUAAUCCGAGUCAAGGCAUGCGGCCUGAACUUCCAGGACCUAAUGGUGAGGCAGGGGGCCAUCGAUUCUCCACCCAAAUGCCCCUUCAUCCUAGGGUUCGAGUGCGCGGGGGAGAUCGAACAGAUAGGAGAAGGAGUAGAGGGAUUCGCAAUUGGAGAUCAGGUCGUGGCAUUGCCAGAAUACAGAGCUUGGGCAGAACUGGUAGCCGUCCCAUCAAAAUACGUAUAUAAGCUCCCCAAGGAUUUGUCCCACUUAGAUGCCGUUACCAUCACGAUGAACUACACGGUAGCCUACAUCUUGCUCUUCGAGAUCGCUGGCCUAACCGAAGGAAAAUCGAUCCUCGUGCACUCCGUUGGAGGAGGUGUGGGCCAAGCGGUUGUCCAACUGGCCAAAACCGUUCCUAAUGUCACCAUCUUCGGAGUCUGCUCCAAGAGUAAGCAUGAGGCCCUUAAAAAUGCCAACUCCCCAAUCGACCAUUUGAUCGAAAGGGGCUCAGAUUAUGUCAGUGAAAUCCGCAAGAUCUCCCCAGACGGUGUUGACAUCGUCCUAGAUUGUCUCUGUGGUGAGGAAUGUAACAAGGGUUACAAUUUGCUGAAACCUAUGGGCAAAUACGUUCUGUAUGGAUCAUCCAAUGUCGUUACUGGAGAAACGAAGAGCUUCUUCAGUGCAGCUCGCGCAUGGUGGCAAGUCGAUAAAGUUUCUCCCUUGAAACUUUUCGAUGAAAAUCGCACCUUAUGCGGCUUCAACUUGAGGCGUUUGAUGUAUCAACAGAAUGGAGAGGAGCACGUCAAACACACCGUCCAAAAAGUCUUUAAAUUAUUCCAGGAGGGCAAAAUCAAGCCCCUGCUCGAUUCCACAUGGGCAUUGGAAGAUGUAGCGGAAGCUAUGCAGAAAAUGCACGAUCGCAAAAACGUAGGUAAAAUCAUUUUGGACCCCAGUCUAGAACCUAAGCCCAAACCAGCCACUCCAGCCAAGGGCAAGAGCAAGGAGGACAAGAAGAAGCAAUCCUCUGAGGAAAAGAAAGAGCCCGAGGAGAAGAAAGAAGAAGAAAAGAAGGAGGAGAAAAAGGAGGAAACUCUCACUAACGGUGAUUCAGCCGGAGAAUCUGAUUCCAAAAAGGAAAAUUCGAGUUGAAUUUCUCUCGCCAUUCCUACUAUCGAAAUAACAUAAAAUCCAGUUCUGCUUAUAUUUUAUCAUCUAUUGUUUGCAAUUUGUCUUUUCCAGUUUGAUUUUUGAACAGUUGUCAGGCAGAUCUCGAAAUAAUCAUACAUACAACUGACCCAUUUUAUCCGAGCUGUGUUAUUUUUUAAUGUAAGGAAAUAGACUAAGAAAAAAAGUCUGUAACGAGACCAAUGAUUUUAAUUCUUUUAAUGGUAGUGUGAUUUGUGUUAAAUUUCGUGUCAUUUACGUAAUCUGUUAUUGUAAAUUUAAAAAUAUUUAUGUAAUUUUAUAUUAAUGGUGCUCUCUUGAAAAUUAUGAUCUUAAGGACUAGUAAUUUUCGAUGUAGCCAUUUAGUUUUUAUGAUUGCCGCUUGAUCUUACAUUCAAGAAACACAUAUCUGUGUGUACCAGACCAAAAUAUUUAGGUAGCAUUUUUAUACGAGAUAUUUUUCCAAGCUUAGUUAGUUUUUUCACUUGUAGUUCAAGAAGAGACAAAUAACGUAGUCAAAAUUCUUAUCUUGCUGUGGUAUUUUUGCUAUAAACCAUUUUUAAAUUUGAAAUGCAUAUCAAGGCACUCUUCUAUCUGCAUUUUCGAUAUUUCUCUCUUAUACAACAAACAAAUAUUAUACAGUGUACGUCUAAGUUAGCGUGUAAGGCAACAGUUGCUUAUGAGAUUAUUUAAAUAUCGAUUGCCUAAAUGUCUAUGUAGUGUAAAUUUUAUUGGAUAUAUUUUCAUAAAGAAGCAUCGUAUGGGAAAAAUUAGAUGUAUAUCCACAAUAUUUGUUAAAAGGAGGUAAAGUAUAAUCUUACUGGUUAAGCUAAAGAUAUGUUAUUGCUAUUAAUUGCUUAUAUAUAUGUAAAUGUAAGACUGAUGUGUUAACGCUAUUGCAUAUUGUUUGGAAGCCUGUAUAAUAAAAUUGUAUAAUUACCAA